AUGGCUCCUGAAAUUCUUCGUUAUGAGAAGUACGAUGCCAAAGCUGAUCUCUGGUCAGUUGGAACCGUGUUGUACGAGAUGGUUGUGGGAAAGCCUCCAUUCAGGGCUACAAAUCACGUCGAACUUCUACGCAAGAUUGAGAAGGGUGAAGACCGUAUACGUUUUCCAGAAGAUAAUCCUGCUUCUGAGGAAAUCAAGAAGCUUAUCUGCAGGCUUCUCAAGCGGAAUCCAGUCGAGCGACUGAACUUUCCUGAAUUUUUCAACAAUAAUGUAAUUAUCGAGCUGAUUCCAGGCUUGGUAGCGGACGAUACACCUCGAGGCUCACGCCGUUCUUCUUUGGAACUUGCCCGUAGCUCGGGAGCCAAUGUUGCAGAGAACCGGCCAACGCAACCAGCUGAGCUCGAUGUGAAGGCGGCUAAAGAUUCACCAUAUUCCACUGAUCAAGGAGAACCCACUACUUACCCGCCAAGCCAUCGCUCAUAUGUGCCACGCAACAAACCCGAUACACCACCGAAUUCUGCGCCGAUGCGUGGGCUGGGAAGUGCGGAUAGGCCGUUCCCGGGUCCUUCCAAGGAGCAGCCCCAAGGAGGCAUUCGGCCAACUCGGCCCAGCCCCAUCUCCCAGGCCACCGCCCCAGCUCGCCAAGAGCUCACAGGUCGUCAGACCCCUACAGCUGCCACGGAGAGGCCAAAGAGCCGACAAACUUCAUCUGGGUUACCGCGAACCGCAGACCGGGAUCGUGUGCGGGAGGAACGUGAACGGGCAGCCCAAGAUGUGGCGUUUGAGAGGGAUUAUGUACUUGUGGAAAAGAAGGCGGUCGAAGUCAAUGCAUUUGCAGAUGAGUUGGCACAUAGUCCACGCAUCCAAGGAGGGUUUCCCCGCGGACAGACCGGUUCUGUCACUCGACGUGCAACCACUCAAGGACUACCGACCGUAUCGACCACAUCUCCGCACGCAAAUUCUUCUAAGGCGAUGCAGAUCACUUCUGGACGGGCUCGAGCCGAUUCGACUCAUCAGCGCCAACAUUCGUAUGAGCGACGCUACGGACAAAGUCCUACGUCUGCAACAUCUGCAAUUUCGAAGGCUUUGAACAUGGCUAGCGGCCGGCUGUUCAGCAUGGGAUUUUCCCCUCCUUUGGCUGGCCCAAAAGGAGGAAGAUCCCCACCGUUGGCUUACAACCCAUUCCCUAUUUAUCCCGCUCCUCAUGAAACGAUGCUUCUGGGUGAUGGGAAGAUCAAUACUACCAGUGAUCAGGACACGAGGACUGUCCAAUCGCUUGAAGAAUGCGCUACGCGCAGUGAUGUUGUGUAUGGAUUCGCCGAGGUCAAAUAUAAGCAACUCGUCCCGCUUGCACCGUCUGCGCAGAACGAUGCCCCAAUUAACCUCACCGAUCCGAAUGAUGGCGGUUUGACCGUUGAUGCUAUCGUCACUCUUUCCGAAGAAGCGCUUGUUCUCUAUGUCAAGGCUCUUUCUCUGCUCGCUAAGUCAAUGGAUAUUGCCGGGUCAUGGUGGACGCGCAAGAACCGAGAUGAGGCAUACGGCGAAUCGCCCCGAAGUGAAGCAUCCAGCAAGAUUAUCGGCUCACAGAUCAAUAAGGUUGUUCAGUGGGUCCGAACCCGAUUCAAUGAAGUCUUGGAGAAGGCUGAGUUCGUGCGUCUCAAGCUCGUUGAGGCACAAGAGCGUCUUCCUCACGACCACCCUAGCCAUCCCGACAACCAUUCUGUUGGUUCAACUUUCGCUUCUUACGGAUCUCAAGAUGUGGCUGUGAGCCCGGGCGUCUCCGCCGAGAGGCUGAUGUACGACCGUGCGCUCGAAAUGAGUCGUGCCGCGGCCAUCAACGAGUUGACCGGUGAAGACCUGCAAGGCUGCCAAAUGGCCUACAUAACUGCCAUUCGGUUGCUAGAGGCAAUCUUGGAGGAGGACGUGCUCCGCUCUUCCGCUAAAUGCGACAAGAGCGACCAGCAAACAUCUCAAAAUACUGAAAAGUUAUCCCUUGGCGAUGGCGAAGACCGCCAAAUAGUCAAUAAACGUGAGUCUUCUCUUUGCUCCCUACAAGUUGAAUCAUACUUAUGA